AUGAUAAAGUUGGACUUACUGAGGAGUGCACAUCUCGUAUUCAAAAAAUUGCCUAGAAAAUUGAAGGAUUCGGGUAGUUUCACUAUCGAAAUCACGGUUAGAAAGCAAGUCAUUGCACGUGCACUAUGUGAUCUGGGGGCUAGCAUCAACUUGAUAUCGUCAUCCUUGUUUACAAAACUGUGGUUGGGAAACCCGAGACCUACUACUAUGAUUUUUCAACUGGCAGACAGAUCUUUGGCUAGGCCUGAGGGUAUUAUUGAAGAUGUUCAUAUACAGGUUGGGUCUCUCAUAUUUUUGGCUGUUUUUGUUAUCUUGGAAUUCAAGCUAGAUCUGGAAGUCCCAUUUAUUUUGGGGCGUCCAUUUUUAGCCACAGGAAGAGCAUUGAUCGAUGCAGUUUCAGGGCAGCUAACUAUGAGGGUACACGAUAAAUUUGAAGUAUUUAAUAUGUACAAAGCCCUGAAGUUGCCCGCAAUCUAUGAGGAACUUUCUGCUAUCACUGUGGUGAAUGACAAAGACUAG